GAUAGGGAGGCUUCUGAUGUCAUGCUGAUGUGGACAUGUUACUCAUGGUUACUGACCAUAGAGUUACUGACAUGAUCCACUCCCUAUUCUCACCGUAACUAGAAUAUCCAGCUUUCGACAUGGUCCAUUCUUUUUCUUCUUACUUGAGAUGAAAAUUGGUUUGUAUAAUUGGAUUGAUGAUUUGGAAAAUUUUUUAUUUGGAGUCAAUUACCAUACAAAUACCGAGCAUCAAAUUAAACAAGAACUGUGUCAGUUUGGAAAGGUUAGACUUCUCUCGUUUAGCGAGAGUCUAAAAGCGGCGGAAACCCUAGGAUUUUUCUGGGUAAACUUGAGGUUAUCAUCUCGAUCUCUAAGAGGAUUGCUAAUCCUUUGCGGAAAAGAAGUCUUGUUCGACACGGUUUGCGACCUGGUAGCGGAUUGUGUCUGGUUUUUUAAGCCGAAGAAAGGAAGCGCUUUGUUGUUGAGCUAAGGUUUCGUUGAUAGCAGAGUAUAAGGGAAACCCUAGCGCAAUAAAUCUUAGGUUGCUCUAAAAAACGAUCUUGUACGAAAAGUUGGUUGAUUAGAUCUUGCGUGGGAAGCGGUGCUAGUUUUUAUACUAUGGAAGUUGUCGAAGAAGCGGUGAAGGACACGACCACAAGCAAGGAACCUCAGGCUACUGUAGAGAUGGAAACACAGCUAAACCAGAUCACUCUGGAUGAUGAGGAGGAGGAACCACUAGAGGUUGAAGACUCUGACGUCGAUGUGCUUCGUAUGGAGACGGUACGACGAUUGGGGCUGAUUGGACGCCUCUUAUCUGAAAAAGAUCCAAAUAUUAAGUCAAUGAAAAUAGCAUUAGCAAAGGCUUGGAAGCUACGUAAGGGUUUUCAAAUUACAGAGCUAGGUGACAUGCUUUUUGCUUUUCAAUUCCUUGAUAUGGAUGAUAGAUAUAAAGUUUGUUAUGGGGGACCCUGGCACUAUGACAAUUCUCUUAUAAUGUUUAAGGUGAGCACAACUAUUCAGAAACCCAAACCAGAGGAUCUACAUAUGAUUGAUAUGUGGAUUAGGGUUGAAGGUCUACCAGCGGAAUUAAGAAAACAAAAGAUGGCGAAGAAGAUUGCUACAAGAUUUGGCGGGCUUGAUUGGUUUUAUAAUGGGGCUGGUACAAUGUGGGAUGAUUAUAUGCGGUUGAGGGUUUAUCUGCCGAUUAAUAACACUCUUAAGAAGAAGAUUGAACUGAAUAUAUUAGGGAAAUUGGUGAAAUAUCCGAUAAAGUAUGAGAAGUUGCCCAUGUUUUGCUAUUCAUGUGGGAGGAUUGGGCAUCCUAAAUUGAGAUGCAAGCUGGAGCCAAAGCCAGAGGUUGAUCCUUUUGGAUAUGAGCUGAGGGUGGCUGUUUUGGGACCCAAAAACUGGCUCUCGUACACGGCUAAGAAGGAAGAUGCUGAAGUUUGGGCUGCUUUGAAGCAGGAGUUUGAAAUGGAGAGCAUUGGAUCUAAUUCGGACCAUGAUAUGGCUUUGGAAACUGAGGAAACUAGAGAAAGGGAGGAGGAGAUACCAAAUCAGAAACUGGCACAAGAGGAGACACAAGUUGGGAGGGAAAUUAGAAUGGAUCAACAAACGGGACCUACUGCCACCAUACAGACCCCUAUUCAGGUUCUGAAACAAUAAGCAACUAUGGGGAUAAGUAUGCUGGUGCAUUAAAAAAGUUUGUGAUGGGCAGUACAGACGGAGGAAAGACUGGUAGGAGCACUGCCAGGGUGCGGAGAAGGCAGAAGCAGGGUCAGGCAAAACCAGCAGCUGGGGCACAUCUAACACCCGAGAAAGACAGGCAACAUCUCAAGAUGAUGGAGCAGUACAUGGAGGACCCACUUCGGGGGUGGCAAAGAAGCCAAAAACUUUACAAUUCACUAGUACUCAAAACAAUGUAUUGGAUGGCGAAGUGGCAGUGUCUGCUGAGGAGCAGACCCGCUCAGCUCAAUGAGUUACCUAAACUAUAAUUGUCGGGGUUUGGGGAGUCCCCUGGCAAUUAAAAAUCUUGAUCGUCUUAUAUGACGAGAAAACCUCAGAGUAGUCUUCCUCAUGGAGACUAAGAAACAGGAAAAGGAAUGGGAAGAGGUGGUAGACAAGAUACAUGGCUAAAGGGUUUUGGUGUGGGCUCUACUAGAAGAGCAGGAGGCCUGAUAGUGUUGUGGCAGGAGGACAUUAAUCAGGAAAUUAAAGGAAGUGGAGAAAACUACAUAGACAUGAAAAUAGAAGAGGAUUGGCAUAUCUGGAGGCUGACUGGAGUUUAUGGGUGGCCCGAUCAGGGGAAGAAGCAUCUGACCUGGAACCUACUCAGGUUCUUAAAAUCUCUUACGGAUCUAUCGUGGCUGUGUUAUUAGGAUUUUAACCUAAUCCAACACUAUGCUGAGAAGUGAGGGAAACAGCCAGCAAAUGGAGAUGAAAUGGACGAUUUUAACAGAGCUCUUGAGGACUGUCAACUGGAGGAUUUAGGCUUCUAUGGGAAGCCUUAUACCUGGGACAAUAAUCACAAAGAUGAGACUUUUCUAGAGGAGAGACUGAAUAGAAUGGUGGCAACUGAGUCAUGGUGGAGUCUCUAUCCUGACGCAGGGGUAUAUCAUCUAAGACGAUGUGGUUCUGACCACAAUCCAAUCCUCUUGAAAACCAAUGUUCUGGCAGAGGAUGUGAAAUGGGGCAACUACUUUAAGUUUGAAGCUUACUGGCAGGACCAUGGGGAAUGCAAGCAAGUGAUAAAAGAUGUUUGAGAAUCGAAUGGCCUAAACUCAGUCUUGGGAAGAAUCAGAUUAUGUGAAGAAAAGUUAAGGUGUUGGAGUAAGCAGACCUUUGGCAGCUUAAAAGCCAGAAGGACAAAAACAGAAAAGGCUCUCGAGAAGAUUGACAAAAUGCAUAAAACCGAAGCUAUCCUGGUCCAAAGGAGAGUCUUAGAGAGCGAAUUGGAAGAGAUCCUACUCCAGGAGGAGCUAAUAUGGAAGCAACGAUCAAGAAAUGAUUGGUUAAACUUCAUAAAAAAAAAUUGAUUGGUUAAAGCUGGGAGAUAAGAACACUAAGUUCUUCCACAGACGAGCUUCAGAGAGGAGAGCCAAGAAUAUGAUCCGAAAGCUUAAAGAUGUGGAUGGAAGGAUAUGUACAGGCCAGGAAGAUGUGGCAAGGUGCAUAGUGAGUUUCUACAAGAAACUGUAUACCUCUAACUCUGGUUCUAGAUCCAGGACAGUGAUAGAUGUUGUACCACGCAAGGUCUCAGCAAGCAUGAAUGUAGAUCUACUAAAACCUUUCGAGAAAGAGGAGAUUUGGGAAGCACUAAAGGUAAUGCGACCGCUAAAAGCUCCGGGAGCUGAUGGUAUGCCUGCCCUCUUUUUCCAGAAGAAAUGGGAUAUUAUGGG